CUCACAAGCAAUUUAUCGGCGGUGUUGUCUUCCUCAAUUGCGAUCGCGAGAUGCCGUCCCUCGCUUUCGGUCUCACCUCGGCCAAGUCAUCCUCGGGCCUCUCAAAGCCAGCGCAGAAACGCAAGGCGUUCUUCGACGAAGACGAUGAUGCAGGCGAGGUCCCCGCGCCUGCUCCCGCGCCUACAUACGGAGCGAAGAAGACAUCGAAACCUCUAAGGCCCCUAAAGGAUCUUGACGACGAUGAAGAUGAUGGUGAGCCGCCGAGCAAGGCUCACAAGCUCACCCAGUGCGGUCUGCAGCUUCCGCAGCCGAAAUCCUCUGGAUCUGUCACAGGGACAGACAAAUACGUCAACCUGUCGGCACUGCGCAGUGCCAAACUGCACGACAAAGAAGCCUCAAAGAUAGACGCCUCUGUCUACGACUAUGACGCAGCCUACGAUACAUUCCACGCAGAGAAAGAGAAGAAAUCAAAUGACGCUGGUGGCCCGUCGGGUCCGAAGUACAUGGGCUCGCUAAUGCAGAGCGCCGAGGUGCGGAAGCGAGAUCAGCUGCGAGCGCGGGAGAAGCUCCUGCAACGUGAGAGAGAAGCAGAGGGAGACGAAUACGCCGACAAGGAGAAAUUCGUGACCGGGGCAUACAAGAAGCAGCAGGAGGAAAUCAGGCGCAUGGAGGAGGAGGAGAAAAAGCGUGAAGAAGCCGAAGAAGAGCGGCGAAGACAAGGCGGUGGCAUGACCGCUUUCCACAAGAGGAUGCUGGAGAAGGACGAAGAGCGGAUGCGGUUGAUCAAACAGGCGGAGGAGGACGCCGCAAAGAGAAAGGAAGGCGGUGUCGAGGAGGAGACCCCGGUUGAAGAAGAGAAAUCUGAAGCGAAAAUGGCCGAGGAGUUGAUUCAGCAAGGAGCACGCAUCGUCGUCAACGAUGAAGGCGAGGUGGUCGACAAGCGACAGCUCCUGUCCGCCGGCCUGAAUGUGGCGCCCAAGAAGCCCGGCAAAGAGCAACAGGCACCUGCAAGAUCAGAAUCGGGGCGAAAGGACGAGUUCUGGAAGUCGUCCAAGGCGGUAGACGCACGCCACGCUCAGCGCGAGCGACAGUCACGGAUGAUGGAGAGACAGAUCGAGGAAAUGGUGGAGAAACAGAAGCAGGUCGAAGCGGACGAGGAGAAACAACAGCAGGACAAGAUCAAGAGCAAGGUCAGCGAAGCCGACAAGAUGAGUGCCAGAGAGCGGUUUCUACAGCGGAAACGGGAAAGAGAACAGGAAGCGCGGAAGAAGAAAGAGGCUGGUGGUUGAAGCGGAUCGAGGCUGUGGUCCAAGGUCUUUUCGACCUAUCGUGCCUGCUCCUCUUACUGGAUGAACAUGCCGCCGUCGACAGCGAUGAUCUUGUUAUGGACAUAGCCGGUCUUGACGAUCCAGAGGACUGUCUCUGCGAUUUCUUCGGGCUUCCCAAGUCUCCCGAUGGGGAUUUCUGGGCAAUUUCUCCGUCAGCAAACUCGACCGCUUCUGAGACACCGGACUUCGACUUACUCGCAGACAACUCUGCGGACCCUCCAGGCAGCAUCUUGGUCUCUUCGAUCAACGCUGGCGCGACGCCGUUGAUGGUUACGCCAGUCUUUGCAUAAGCACCUGCCAGCCAAUGCACCAGCCCGUGAAGGGCCGAUUUGGACGAUCUGUCAUGGGAACAGUCAGUCUGAUUUGGGCAAAGGGUGCCGCGCUAGGAAGAGCACUCACGCAUAAUGCGGUCCGACUACACCACCAGUGAAGCCGGCGACACUGGAACAAAAGACGAUUCUGCCCCAGCCAGCCUCGACCAUCUGGGGGAUACACAAUUGGGUGAGCAAGAACGCGGUGCCGCAAUUCGCUCUCCAGGUCUUCUCAAAGUCCUCCACGGACACCUCGCUGACGUCCUUGACCCGGGACACCCCCAUGGUUAGCCCGGCGUUGUUGAAGAGGAUGGUCGGAUGACCCAGCUCAUGGACGACGUUGGCGUGCAGAGCGCGCGUCUCGUCGUAGGAGGACAGGUCGGCGCGGAACGCCGAGGCGCGCACGUUCAUGGAUGUGAGCUGGGCGACGAGCGAUUCCGCCGUGUCGGACGCGCUGUGGUAGUGCACGGCGAUGGAGCAGUUGAGGUGCGCCAGGGCCAGGCACGUCGCUUUGCCUAUGCCGCCUGUUGCUCCGGUCACCAGGGCGAGGUGGGAGGAGAGAUCGGUGGUCAAUGCCAUUGGGGGCUGUGGAGUGGCAGGAGUCCGUAUGGGCAGUUCUGUGGAAAUAGGGCAGACGUCCAGAGAUAGACCCCAGCUCAGCUCAGCUUCGAUCCUUCUCCUCGUGGGUCUGUCCUAGUCGUACAGUAGAGGACGACUCAGUCUCGCUCGUACUCCUCUCACUUCAAUAGACUCCGAAAUCGUUCUGCUCUCUGGGAUCUGUCCUCUUCCAAUCCGUUCUCGAGCUCGUUCGUUCGUUCUAUUCCACUCUUUGUUCCUCUUCCGGUUUCUCGUCCUCUUCCGUGCCACUUUGUAAAUAGCCGAAUGGGAUCAAAUCAAAUCGCCUAUACAAUACCCACGCACGCUCAAUAAGAU